AAGGAAGUUUUGGAUCAAUAUAUCAAGGAACACUUUCAGAUGGGAUGAAUAUUGCAAUCAAAAUUAUGAACUUGCAAGUGAAAGGGGCAUUCAAAAGUUUUGAUGCAGAGUGUGAGGUGCUACGAAAUAUUCGUCAUCGAAAUCUUGUCAAAAUCAUCACCAUUUGUAGCAAUAUUGACUUCAAAGCCCUUGUAUUGGAAUACAUGCCUAAUGGAAACUUAGAGAAAUGGUUGCACUCUCAAGAUCACUAUCUGAAUAUCUUACAAAGGCUAAAUAUCAUGAUUGAUAUCGCAUCAGCAUUAGAAUACCUUCAUCAUGGUUAUUCAACAGCAAUUAUUCAUUGUGAUUUGAAGCCUAGCAAUAUCUUAUUAGAUGAAGAAAUGGUUGCACAUGUUGUUGAUUUUGGCAUGGCCAAACUCUUAGAUGAUAGGGACUCUAUGAUGCAUACCAUGACUCUUGCUACUUUUGGGUACAUGGCACCAGAGUAUGGAUUAGAAGGAGUUGUUUCUACAAGUGGCGAUGUGUACAGUUAUGGCAUUUUACUAAUGGAAACUUUCACAAGAAAAAAGCCUACAGAUAGCUUGUUUAUUGGAGAAUUGACCUUGAAGCAUUGGGUGGAUGAAUCACUACUCUCUUCAAUACUCGAUAUUGUUGGUGCCAAUUUGUUGAGAAAUGAGAAAGAACAUGCUGCCAUGGAGGACUGCAUAUCUUCAGUUAUGAGAUUGGCUUUGGAUUGUUGUGCAGAGUCACCUACACAAAGAAUUGACAUAAAAGAUGUUUCAGCGAAACUCAAUCAGGUCAAAUUAAAGUUUGUACCAGAUAGUAGAAGAGGCUAAGUUGAGUGUCAAGUUUGCUUACAACUCCCUCAUGUUUGUGCCUCUUAUGUUUGGGUUUAGGCAUUAUGCUUCAUUGUUUUUAGACAAAAUUACAAUUUACACCAUAAACUCUUAGUUCUUUUGCAAUAUUGUCAUGGAACUAUCCAAGUUGUCAUUUUAUCCCCAAACGACAACUUUUUCUGUCAAUUAAUCUUAUAAAUGUAUCGUGUCAUCUAUCUCUUGUAAAUCUAGGUGCUAGAAAAACUAUAUCAAAAUACA